AUGGACGACUCGUCGGAGUUUGACCAAGAUUAUCGAUGGGACUACUAUGAUGAACGAACCGUCUCCGAGCUAUGCCGUCUUCUCGGUAACGAGUCGGCAAAUAUCACCUCUACACGGACACCACCGACUGCUACGUCAUCCAUUAUCAAUGAAACUUCAAACGUCAACCAACUUGACGAAAACAACACGCCAAAAACCUUCUCCAUGGUUGAAAUGAUCGUCAUCACCCUCCUCGCCUUCAACACUAUUCUCCUUCUCACCUUGAUCCUCAUCCUCUGCCACAAGAAGAAGAAGACACCUAAGCCAACAAGAAACGUUCACUACACGCCGAUCUCAGCACCACUUCCACUCGACAUUUAA